AUAUGCCUUAAUCAUCCUUGACACAUAUCUAACUCAAUGGCUUUCUUUGUUUGCUUCUUCUUCCUCUUCCUUCUUGUUUCAUCUUCAACUGCUUGUGAUCGAUGUGUUCACCAAACUAAGGUUGCCUAUUUCUCCCAAGAUUCAGCACUUUCAUCUGGGGCUUGUGGGUAUGGUUCCUUGGCAUUAGGCUUUAACAGUGGGCACCUUGCUGGUGGUGUGGCUUCCCUUUACAAAGAUGGAGCUGGUUGUGGUGCAUGCUUUCAGAUAAGAUGCAAGAACACAAGUCAUUGUACCAAAAAAGGAACUAUAGUGACUUUGACUGAUCUCAAUCGGAAUAACCAAAUAGACUUUGUUAUCAGCAGCAGAGCAUUCAUGGCCAUGGCUCAGAAGGGUAUGGGCCAAGACAUUUUGAAACUUGGGAUUGUCGACGUGGAAUACAAGAGGGUACCUUGUCAAUACAAAAAUCAGAAUUUGGCUGUACGAGUGGAAGAAUCAAGCCAAAAACCAAAUUACUUGGCAGUGAAAUUUCUAUAUCAAGGAGGUCAAACAGAAAUAGUAGGUGUUGAUGUAGCUCAGGUUGGUUCUUCAAACUGGGGCUUCAUGAGCCACAACUAUGGGGCAGUUUGGGACACAAGUAGAGUGCCAUCAGGGGCAUUGCAAUUCCGGUUUGUGAUCACAGCAGGGUAUGAUGGGAAGUAUAUUUGGGCACAACAUGUCCUUCCUGCUGACUGGAAGUCGGGGGUGAUAUAUGACUCGGGGGUUCAAUUCACUGAUAUUGCACAAGAGGGUUGUUCUCCAUGUGAUUAUGAGACUUGGAAAUGAGGGAUCUUGUUAAUGCUAGUGUGAAUAUAUAUACAUAUAUUUGACUGGUUAGGCGAUGAGAGAGAGACAUGUCAGACAAUGACUCAGGGAGAGUCAUUGCCCAGCAAAGCCCAAAGGCGAAAGAGAGACUGAGAGAGUUAAGGAGGAAGACUGAGAAAAUAACGAAUUUAUACCUGGGAGUUAGGGUUAAGGUUGUGCACAAAACGUCGCCAUUUUCAUUUUUUUUUUUUUAAUCAGUCGGUUCGGUUUUUUGAAUCGAUUUUAGACUUGCGUUCAGACUUCUGUACCACAUCGGCGUCGGAACUUCCCCUCCUUUCACCGACCUCAGCUCCAUCGGUUGGCUCUAGCAGUGGUGCGGUAUUGUUGGCGCCGGUUGGUUGGGCCGACAUCAGUCGGUUUGUGCACACUCCUAAGAUGAAUGACAGAAGUGGGACAUAGAAUGAAAUCAGAUAAAUACAUAUGUUUUUGGAGUAGUCUGACGGGACACUUUUCUGACUUCAAGUUAAGUAGGGUUCUAAAUAAUAGUGCUCGUGAACAUUAGGGCUCAAUAAAAAACAAGCUAAGUUUAGGCUCAUUUAUGGGUUUAGUAAUAUACUUGAUAUAAGCUUAACAAAUAAACCUAUAUCUCACUAAAACUUUAAUCAAUUGGGAGUUUGGACCCCUCAUCCAAACCAAAUAGGUUUGAUAACUUGAUAUGGACUUGAUAAUAUACUUGUGUUAGAUCUCAAUUUUAAAAGUUUGAUAUAAAGUUCGAGUUUGAACUUGAUGUUGA